GGGAAAAUUUGCCCAAUAUGAUGUCCUGUGGCCGUAGACUUGUGACCUUUGCGUCGGUCCGCCCGCGCUUCGUUGUCCGCGCCUACUCCUCAACCGUGCCCCGUCUGAACGAGAACCCUAUCCAAGUCAACGACCCGACCCCGCGGAAGCCCGCCCCGAACGUCUCCGCAACCAAUGCUGUGCCUACCGAGGAGUUUGGACGUCAGCGUAACGACGGUACUCUCCAGGAGGCCCCCGAGGUUGGCGAGCGCAUCCGGAGCACGCAGGCCCCCAACCGCGCUACCACCUGGGCCGCCAGCCAGCAGCCGCGUGAGAAGGCCAUGGUUGGACCUCGCUUUGAGCAGACAAUUAUGGAGACCCAGCCGCAACCAUAUGCCGCUAUCGAGCUCAUUCACAGACAACCCGUCCGCUGGACAAAGUCCAAGGUUGUCAGCUGUGAUGGUGGCGGUGGUCCUCUCGGCCACCCCAAGGUCUUCAUCAACACCGACAAGCCCGAGAUCGCUACCUGCGGAUACUGCGGUAUUCCCUUCGCCCAGGAACAGCACCGCGCUUACUUGAAGUCCCUGCCCACCACCAGCUACCCCCUCGAGCCCACCGGUGACGCCGCCGAGGUCAACGAGUCUCAGCGUGUGACAGAGGGUGGCUUGGAGCAGCGAUAGACGGCUAGCAUGAGAUUUCCUUUUAUCGGCGUUGCACAAUUUGCGUUUUUCAGUUUGUUUUGGGCCUGAGGCCGUGUACAGAAUAUCGAUGAAUGGAUGCACUGCCCUUCGAUCGUGUGUGAAUGAUGGUAUUGUCCUCAAAAUGUGUGUACUACUUCGACUACCGUAUGAUGAUCUCAUAUAAUCUGGGUCAUUUGUCGACUCCCUCGC